AUGGAUCCUACGCCGCCGCCCACUGCAGGUAGCAGUCUGGAUUGGGAUGCUUCCUUUCGCGACGCGCGCAGGAGGACAUCAUCGGCCACUGCGCCCUCCCCUACCCUUGCGCCGCCUCACCAGCAUCACCCCUACCACCAGCCUCAGCAUCGUCACACGCAGAGCCAGAGCCAGAGUCAGCACCGCGAGCAUACGCACAUCGUCCCAAGGAGCGAGAUUGCCCUCCCGAUUAAUCCAGCAGCCCAUCAGAGCGUCCCUACGUCCGAGUCCCAGUAUCUCGGAGCUGGUACCGGGGCGAUCGCCCACCCAGAGCAUCACCCACAGCACCAUCACCACCACCACUCGUCGUCGUUUGAAUACUUUACCGGUAACAAUCAGUACAUGAGCUCUCCUCCCCUGCAGCAACAACCCUUUCCCAUGGGCCAGUACUACCCCGUGAAUACCGAGGCGUCCACGUCUGAAGCAACCUUUGCCUUUGCAUACACCAGCCCCUGUAGUACCGCAAGCGACUCCAUUCUUCCCGCCAGCACCCAGCCGCCAGCUGCGACCCUUUACCAAGACCAUCCUCCUCAGCCUCUUUCUCUGCCGCAAACUCACCAUGACGACAAACUGUCCCUCGAAGACAGCACCUCAGCUUCCGCAGCCGCGACAGCAGCAGCUUCAACAACUACGCGCCGCCGUCGAGAAAAUCGCUAUCGCAACGCGCCGCCAGGUGUUCUCUCCCGUCGGCGUGCCCAGAACAGAGCCUCGCAGCGUGCCUACCGCGAGCGCAAGGAGCAGCGCAUCCGAGACCUUGAGCAGCUCCUGCGUGAGGCCAACAACCGGGAGGAAACCCUGGCCCAGGCAUAUGUCGCCCUGCAGGCCGAGCUCUUCCACAUCCCCGCCAAGCUCCUCCCAAUCUUCCUGUCGAUGCGGCAACAGCACCGUGGCAACGACCACCGCUUCCGCAGCCAAGUCGAGCGCGGGUCAAUCUCCAGGCCGUCAUCCACCGCCGGCUGCGCCGCCGCCUUCUCUCCCGCCAGAUUCUGA